CGUUCAAACACAGAAAACAAUCGUUGAGUAACAUUAUUCAAUUGAUUACGCAAUGCAAACAAAAAGUGGGUCACAGGUCACUUGCGUCACCUGACUAGUAUUACACAACAUCAUGGAGGACGGCACAAAGUCAGACGAGUUAGCUGUCGUCGAAUCGGGGUCAUUCCUGGGAAGCUGGUUUAACAUCAAGUGGCGUCCUACAUCCAUGGCACAGCUGGCUGCUGCAGAGGCGAGGGUGCUACAGCAUGUGAAGUCUGCUUUAGAGAGUUUCUACGUUCGAAUCACAGGCAACAGAAGGAUAUGGACUCUAAAAGUAGACCCCAAAAAGCCAGAAGCCCUCCCUAUUGUCAUGGUCCACGGCUUUGGAGCUGGGUCUGCUAUCUGGUUAUUGAAUGUCGAUGCGAUCGCCAAGCACAGAUCACUGUACGCGUUUGACGUUCUUGGAUUUGCAAGAAGUUCUCGGCCGAAGUUUAGCACGGAGGCGGAUGUCAUAGAGGAGGAAUUUGUGAACUCUAUCGAGGAAUGGAGGGAGGGUGUCGGGCUGGAGAAGUUCAUCCUGCUGGGACACAGCUUUGGGGGUUUUCUGGCAGCCUCUUACUCCAUCAAACACCCAGACAGAGUCAAACACCUGAUACUGGCCGACCCCUGGGGAUUCCCACAAAGGACAGAGAAGGCAGCCGAGGAGCAGAGAGCUCGGGUGCCAUUUUGGAUCAAAGCUGUUGGUACUGUUCUUCUGAACUUCAACCCUCUUGCAGCUGUAAGGGCAGCUGGGCCCUGGGGCCCAGGUCUUGUACAAAGGUUCCGACCAGACCUCCAGGCAAAGUUUUCCGAAGUGUUUGACGAUGACACAAUCUUCAGCUACCUCUACCACUGCAAUGCCCAGUCUCCAAGUGGGGAGACUGCAUUCUCUUACAUGCAGAUUCCCUUUGGCUGGGCCAGGAACCCCAUGCUGCCCCGCAUGACACAGCUACGGCGAGACAUCCCGGUCACGUUCAUCUACGGUGCACGGUCCUGGAUGGACAAGGAGUCAGGAAAACAAGUCAAGGCACAACGGCAGGGCUCGUAUGUUGAUGUCCAGAGUGUGCCAGAGGCUGGACACCACGUGUACGCUGACCAGUAUGAGGACUUCAACAGGCUGGUGGUGCAAGUUUGUGCCAGGACAGACAAGGCACAGCUAUCCGAAAAGAUCAACGUGGAGACUACUAUUUAGAUAGUGCUGGUAGAACAAACUGAUGGCUAGUAUUUAUAUCCCACCAGUAUAAUACACAUUGUUAAUAGGGCCUAAGAAAAAAAAUGUUGUGUUUCCUGUUUUCCAACCGACACUAGAAAAAACUGCUGACCCUAGCCUUUUUUUUGGUGGAACCCUG